AUGUAUACCGCUGAACRGCUGCUGAACCGCCAGGUCAAAGAAACAGUUAUUCCUGAAUUCACACGCGGCGCCGGGAAAAAACGACMCAUYGUGUGKACCUCUAACAUAGCAKGGAUUUAUGUGCUGUMGGGUUUUGUGGCAGUCACAUCCUCUCUGACCAAGGCUGAGAAGAAAAAGGCCCCCGGCUGCCAGACGUCACACCAGUUUAAAACAAGGACAAAAAAAGUUGUCGGAUUUAUGUGCUGCUUGGGUUUUGUGGCAGUCACAUCCUCUCUGACCAAGCGUGAGAAGAAAAAGGCGACGGGCAGAAGAUCUCGGCAGGUGGACAAUAGUCCGGACGGAGUGUGGUCUGCCUGGGAGGAGUGGUCAGGAUGUUCUCAGAGCUGUGGAGUGGGCGUGUCACAGAGAACCAGAAAGUGUGAAGCCCCUCCCCGUCCUCCUAACUCCUCCUCUCUCCCACUCUCCUCCAAACUGGGGGGUUCAUCGUUCCUCCCAGGGAGGGCGGGGGUCCCAACCAUGGCUCUGUAUCUCCGCCAUCCGCCCCUUCUCCCCCUCAUUACUCUAGCAACCAGCCAUCCCAGUACGGGGGAGGAGGUGGGGGAGGGACGAGAGACAGCCAGCCCCCUUCUACCCCCUCACUCCCAUCAUCCAAUCAGAACCCAGGACUGUCUCUCUAUCGGGACACUCCUAUAGGAGGAGGGGCAGGAGCUGUGCCAGCGCAGUCCUCCAAUCCCACGUCUCCCCUCUAUCGCCCGGAAUUCUCAUCACCCAAUCAGGAACCAGGUUCUGUUUACCGUUCCCACCUCAUUUCCUCGCCCCCCCAUCCAGCUACAGCCAACCAGCGCA